AUGCAGAAAUCGGGCUCCGACGAGGGAGCCUCGGCUGGCCAGCCGGAGGAACCGCAAACGGCUCCCUCCCAGAAAUCAAUCGAUUCCGGGAAUGGCGGCGCCGAGUUUCAAAUCAGUUUGAACGAAUUCCUAGAGUUUUUGAAACUGUCCUGUCAUGUGAACGAUAUGAUAGCGAAGGCCGAUAUGGGGAAACCACACACUAGGGAGCCGGUGCCGCCGAUGGAGGGCAGUGCGUCCUCCACAGCAACCAAGAGAAAUUUCAAAAAGGACGAGUUUGAUUUCGCCCAACUGGCGGACAACCCGCUGGUCAACUCACUACUCGGACUUCGACGUCCCUCCCGGAAUUCCAGUAUUCGUCACACGGACGAGAGUCGUUUGCUGCAGGAAGCGAAAUCCAGUGUACUGCGUUCGGGACACAGCCACCACAGCCGCUCAUCCCGUCCAGAGUCCACCUAUCGGGGACUGCAUCCCAAACUGGGCGAGCAACUGGAUGCGGCCAUAAAUGAGGGUGUUCUCGAUUCGGUGCUGUCCUUCAUAUGCCCGGUUCCCAUGCCCACCCAGCUGCAGACUGGCAAGACAAAGCCCAAGCAGCUCCAGCCACCGAAGGAGAGUCUCACCCAGACAUCGCCCACUCCCACUCCGAAUCCGAAUCCUGUCCCACCACCGGCGGCUCCUCUUCCCUCGGGAGCCUCAAAAUCUUUAAUGGAGCUCGGCCACACCCAUGGGCCUUUGCCUGCAGCUACUCCCUCGGCUCCUUGCCUUCAGCAGGUACAUGCCGGCGGAGAUGCACUGCAUCCAGAUCCGAUAUCCAACAGUAUGGUACGGGCCAUGAUCAAGGAGCCGAUUCCCAAGACAGCUGGAUUAAAUGCCGGCAGACGCAAAUCCCUGCUGCUGGUUAAGGACAGCAAGCAUGCUAGGCAGGAGAGAAAGGAACCAGAGGUGGUGAUCCACGUCUGCGACGAGGUGAAGAACACCUCGAAGGACUUCACCUGCCCGCAACAUUUGCUGGUGACCAAGAUGGGCUACUUUGCGGACGUGACAGCGGGUCAAAGGUUAGAGGAGAUGGACAUUUCGGUGCACUGCGACAUUCUCAUCUUCGACUGGCUGAUGAAAUGGAUCAAGCACAGUGCCCAGAGCCAGGAUCUGCCAGUUGCCACCCAGAGCAGCGGACCGCAGUUGGAUGGCAAUAAUGUGGUGCCCAUUUUAGUGUCCGCCAGCUUUCUGCAGAUGGAACCCCUACUGCUCGAGUGUCUGGCCUUCUGUCACGCUCAUCUCAGCGAAGUGGUCCGCACAUCCACGAAUCUGUCGUGCUUGAAUGAUGCCCUGGUCACCCGACUGGCGGCCAUGUUCACCAAUCUGGAGCUGGAGAUGGUGAGGGAUAAAAAGGAGCGAGUGACACCGCGUCUGUGGACCAAGUUGAUUCAGUCCCUCAGCGAACCGGAUCCCGAGGCACUGAGGGGACAUUUCUACAGCAUGUCCGGAUUGUUUCGCUGCUCCCGCUGCUUCAAUUGCGUGACCAACACGAUGAAAUCCUACGUGAGCUGUGUGCCCAGCAAUAUACGGCUGAAUCGCUGGGGCCAACUGAUGAGCCACCAUGUGCGCGAUGCCAACUGGGAUCUGAAUGUCUACAUCGUGCAGCUGUUCAAGGAGCUCAAGUCCUGGCGGAAGGUGUACUGGAAGCUGUGGGGUCACUGCCAUUAUCUCUACUGCUGCACCUGCGAGGCUCACUUUCCGGUCUACCAGAUGCACUGGUGUCGCUUCCAUCCGGAGACGCCCAACUUCCUGGGUCCCGUGGGCAAUGCCGGACCCGCCGGACGCUUCUCCUGCUGCGGUCAGCAGGCUUUCCGCUACGAGACGCUGCCGGGGCCAAAUGGCUGCCAGUUCCGUGAGCACAGUGUCCUGGUGGAGACGGAUCGCGAGCGUGCCAUCCUGGCCAUAGCCCAGUUGGUGGGCGAGAACUAUGCCUUGUGCGAACAGCCACCGCUGAGGAUCCAGGAACUGGCAGCCGCCGGCGAGAUCAGUCCCAGCUGGCAGGGAAUCUCACUGACUCCCCAGCGAUGUCGCCAAGGACUUUUACCGCAACUCUGCAUGGACAGUGUCCUGAAAAGAGUGACCAACCACCGGGUGAGCCGUCGGAUGCGCGGAUCGCGCUACCAAAUGGACACCAGCACCGAUUCCGAGACGACGUCCACCAGCGAGGAUGAUGCCAGAUGCCUGCGUCCACGCAUGCGCAACGUUCACGACGAUGAUGAGGACUACAGUUCCAGCAGCGAUGGUUGCGAGUCGGAGCAUCGUCCACCGCCCAGGAAAACGCGUGGAAAAAAAUCACGAAAGCGUCCCACCGAUGUAUCGGGUCGUUUUUGGUCCGGCGAUCUGUCGGCCCGCAGCAACCAGGAUCACCAGCGAGAUUUCGAGGAGAAGAUCAUGAAGCAGGUGGCAAAUUAUGUUACCAAAAAGACCGGAACGGAUCAGUGUUUGGUCCAAAACGCCCAACCGCUCGGUGGCUCCUAUGUGCGGCUCGAGUCCGAGUGGAAGGAGAUGCUAAAACAGCGGCACAGUCAUCACAACAUCCAAGGAACCAAUGCCACUGGCCUCUCAGUGCCCCAGAGCAGCAACGCCUGUCUGGGAUCUGCAAUUACAACCGGUGGAUCCUCCGUUUCCGUCAUGUCGAAGCAAAAGCACAAGUAGAAAUUCGUUUUUGAAGAGUUAAUUGCAUUCACCAGCAACGAUCGUAGACCAAAUAUUUAGUCACCAAAUGUACUAGUCAAAUGUUUAGCGCAAAUCAUAAAUAUUCCUAUGAAUAUGUAGAACAAAUUAAUUAAUUGAAAAUGUAGAAAAAUAUAUAAACAAUUGUAUUGCAUCAUA